AUGGCUGUCCUCAAAGUAAAAUUCACCAAAACCAAGAGGGACAAAUUGGCUCAGAUCCUCUGGAUCCUUAACUGGAUUUCUGUGGUGAGCGGGAUCGUUCUCUUCAGCCUUGGCCUCUUUCUGAAAAUAGAAAUCAAGAAACGCAACGAAGUGAUGGCAAAAGGGGACAUUAACUCUGUCCCCAACAUGCUGAUUUCCGUGGGGGUCAUAGCCUGUAUCAUCAACUUCCUGGGCGGCAAAAUCUGCUACGACUGCUCAGACGCCAACAAGUUCUCUCGCUGGAAACUAGUCAUGCUCCCAUACAUCGUAUGCACCUUGUGUUUUACCUUCUGCAUCCUGGUGGGCGCCCUCAUGUGCUAUGCCAUGAGGAAUGAGCUGGAAGAGUCUCUCUACCUGGGCCUGAGGGAUGCCAUUAAGUACUACAAGGACACGGACAUUCCUGGGCGGUGUUUUUUAAAGAGAACGGUGGACCUGUUGCAAAUUGGAUUCCAGUGCUGUGGAAACAGCGGCUUUAGAGACUGGUUUGAAGUCCAGUGGGUGUCUCCUCGCUAUCUGAACAUGGCUUCCAAAGACGUUGUGGACCGCCUGAAGAGCAACGUUGACGGGAAGUUCCUGGUGGACGGAGUGCCCUUCAGCUGCUGCAACCCCAGCUCCCCACGGCCCUGCAUCCAGUACCAGCUUACGAACAACAGCGCUCACUACAACUACGAUUUCCUCACCGAGGAGCUCAAUAUCUGGGUGAAGGGCUGCAGAGAGGCCCUGCUGGAUUACUACACAGCCAUCAUGCGCUCCAUCGGAAUCACGGCUUUGCUCAUCUGGAUGUUUGAGCUCUCUGUACUUAUUGGGGUCCGGUACCUACAAACAGCGAUGAAGAAUGUCCUUCUGCUGGGGGAUUUGGAGGGCGAAUCAGAUGGCUGGUUGCUAGAAAACAGCUUUGUGGAAACUGCCAAACGCAACAUCAAUAUCAUUAAGAACUUUGGCAAAGUCAGCCAGAUCUCCACCGUCUCAGGCAUGAGCGACCCCACCACUGAUGUUGCAAACACAAACUGUGGCAAAAACGAUGUUACAAAAAAAUCUAUCCCUGCAGCUAGCUAG